AUGUCGUUCGCGAUACCGCAUCCACCCACAGCCUCGGCCUCGUCCGAUUCAGGCUCCUCUGCAUCGCUCACUCCCACCGCUGCGCAUGGCUACACCAGCAACACUGGCUUCUCAGAUCCCUCGACCUCAGCCAACGCCUCCGCAGCCCCCGAGUCCACCUCGCUGUUCAGCUCGGAAGAGUCCAAGUUCAUCACCGACUCGCUCUCCUCGGCUGAAUCCUUCGAUCCAUUCACCAUCGGCGCGCCCGGCUUCAAAGUGCCGUCCCUCCUUCCGCCCAACAUUGCAUCUACGCACGAUCACCUCGCGUCCUCGUCCACUGGUCCUGCCGCUCCAGCGAUCCCUGCGUCCAAUCUCGAUCUGAGGACAAGGAGCUUGUCUGGACAGCAGCAGCCAUACAGCACCUCCUCGCCAGGCAACUCGGCGGAUGCGUUCAGCACUGCCCAACGUCUCAACAGCUUCAACCUCUACGGGCAUCGUCCAACGGGGGCGACACCACCGGCGGCGUCAGGUAGCAGCCCGUCCUACUUCAGCCAUCUUCAAGACGGCGGGUACUAUGGACCGGGCCGACACGCUUCUUUCUCGGGAGCCUCUUUGCCGUUGUCGCCGGCAGCGGUGGCCGCGGGGUAUGGAAAGAACAAGGCGUGGCAGAUGGAGCAGCUGUCGUUCCUCGAGGCGCAAGCAAAUCGCGGGGGCCAGCAGCAGCAGCAGUUUGGCGGUGCGCCACCAUACGCCGGUGGUGUGCAGGACAUUCGUCGCGGUAGCACAUCGAUGAUUGGUCGAGCGAGUCCGUACGAUAAUCUGUUCUUUGGCACCCCACAGCAUGUGUUGCUCCAACAACAGCAGCAACAGCAGCAUCAGAUGGAGCAGCAGCAAGGGAGGCCGUUCUAUCCAGGAAUGGAGGUGCCGCAACAGCAGCCGAGCCUGGGCAUGCUCGGAGCGCACUUUCCGAGCAGCCACAACUUUGGCUCGCUCCAACAGGCGCCACCAUCUCAACCGGGGAUGGGGCAAGACCUGCCAUCCGGAUUCUCAGCGCAGGCGCUGGCGAUGUUGAACGGCGAUGCGGGGUUAGGUAAUGUUUCGAGCCUGGUCGCUACUGAUGGUGGGAAUGCCACGCCGAAAGGGAGGAGGUUGUCGAAAACGCCUACGGACAGCGCGAGCAAACCUGCUCGAUCAGCGGCAUCGCCCGGGGCGGGCACCAAACGCACCUCUACAGGCAUUCCUAAAACCGCCCCUACGCACAGCACGUCCCUCCACCCAGGCCCGUCAGGAGCAGUCAUCCGCGCACUAGGAGACCUCGCGCACCUCGAUCUCGACCUCGAUUCCGCUCCUCAUCACCUUCCGCCCUCGCUCCAUCCCUAUUUCGCUCCACCUCGUCUCGAACGCACCCAGCCGCACCUCGAGAUGUUGCGGGCAGAACACAUCUCCAACGGCCUCAUCGACCCGUCCACUGGGCGGGAGAUCAAACCCGAGCCUACCGAAGAAGAUCUCAAACGCGACGCGGAAGAAGCGGAACGGGAGAAGAAACCACCUGCGCUGCUCACCACCGAGGAAAAGAAAGCCAACCACAUCGCCUCGGAGCAAAAACGACGUGCUAAUAUUCGAAAAGGUUACGAGCUGCUGUGCGACAUUGUUCCUAGCCUUCGUGAGGCGCUGGAGAGGGAGGCGGGCAAAAACGAUUCCGACGACGAGGGCAAGAAGGGCAAGAAGAAUGCGACGAAGAAAUCCGAUGAUGCAGGAGGGAUAGAGAUUGAUGGGGAGAAGAUCGAUGGGCGAGCGGGACCGAGGAGCGAGGCGGUGGUGCUGAUGAAGAGUUUGGAUCAUAUAGGUGGGUUGGUGGAGGGGUAUAGAGGAUUGUUGGGGAGGAGAAACAGGGCGCGGUUGGCGGUGGCGAGGAAGAUGGGGUGGGACGGGUUGGCGAAUCAGCCGGUUCCGGAUGUGGACCGGUUGAUGGCGAUCAAGGUGCAGGAGUGGUGGGCUGCCCAUGGGGAUGACGCGGAUGAAGAGGAGGGGGAUGAUGAGGAGCUGCGAUUCGGUGGCGCGGAUGAUGAUGAUGAUCAGCAGGCGGACGAAUCUACCGUCGUCGACGAGCCGAGCGGCAAGAAGAAGCCUGCAAAGGGGAAGAAGGCUCAAGGGAGGAAGAAGAAGGCUGAAAAGGACGAUGAUGGGAUGCACGACUAG